CUUCGGUGGCUAAGAAGUAGCAGCCGCGUCGCUAAUCAAGGUAGCCGAGGAACUACCGCGGGACGGCGAAACACCAGGAGCGUACGGAAAUCGUAUCAUCACCCUCCUGGGGUCGAAGUGGCGAAAUUCAACCAGGGAAGAGGUACUCGCCGCCACCGCCCUCCAUCUGCUGGGCUCGCGCGAUGAACGUUUUAAACGACUAGCGCUCACGAGUGACAUCACGUCGGUGAAACAAUUCCAAAGAGAAAUGAAGCUCUUCCUAUACACGGAGUGGCCAACGCCCCCGCCGUGGAGGUCAUUAGCGAGCUCCGGAAACAAACGAGGCAGGUCACCCGCCCCCUGGACCAGGUGUGGCCACUGCGGUAUUUACGGACAUCCGACAUUCGAAUGCCGCAAGAGGGCGAAGUGGGAACCGAAGAAGGACCCUCGACGCCCGGAGGAAAGCCGACCGGCUGCACCACCAAAAGCGUUGUGCUUUCACUGCCACAUGCCGGGACACAUCGCGUCUCGCUGUCCAUCGCGGCGAGAAGAAAAACAUUGCCCCGAGGACGAGCGCCGGGUCGAUGCCUGCGUGGUGGAAGCCCCGACGGGUAGACUAAGCCAGCAGGCCACACACGAGGACGUGUAAGUGUCAGGAUGGCCGAGUCGGAGACGAAAGGACGCCGGGGCCCCUCUGGAACUUCAGGACAACACCCUAACCUUGCAACCUAGAGCCUAAUAUAGCCAUAACGAAACAAUCGCAAGUAUCCAAACCGAUAGCAAUCGUAGCAAUUUGAAGCAAGACGACAUGGGCGGACUUCGUGUUUGCAGCGGACCUUGAAAAUUUCGAGUAUAUGUUUGGGGCAUCAGCUUUGGAUAAAUAUCCAGCUCUUCGAGCAUUGAAGAGAAGGAUUCAUAGAAUACCGGCUAUUUCUGAUUGGCUGAUUAGGCGCCCAUACACAAACAGCUAAAAAGCUAAAAACGUGUGGAAAAAAGAUGACCAGUACACCACUACAUAUAUGUAGUAUCGUGGACGAAAGGCCUAAGAAAUAUCGGGCGAACUAUGAACAAUGUCGCGAGAGCCGAGGCGCCGUCGGGCCCAUCAAUGUGUCAUCGGUCUUUUCAAGUGCAUAGUUUCGUGGAAAAGACCUACGUGACCCUGGCUACGAGCGUCUGCAGAACACGUGUGCGGUGGGCCUAGGAAAAAGGCAAUAGAAUGCGACAACGGCCAGAGUGUGAGUCGAGAAACAGAGUGUGAGUCGAGGAGCCGAGUGCGAGUUGAGCGGAGACAAAGUUUGCGAGUGGCGUUGCCGAGAGAGUGUUGAUUGCGUUUUGGUAAAAGUCGAGUCGCUAUCUAGUUAUUUAGUUGCGCUGUUUUCUGUACGUUUGGCGUGAAUAGUUCAGGUUGAACAACAAUCGUCUUUUUCUGUCUGAUUAACAUCUCUAUUGUCCACUCCUUGUAAAUACAUUAUAUCACGAUAUUACAUAUUUUUGGGGGCUCGUCCGGGAUUGGACAAGACAGAAAACGAAACGGUUUAACAGAGCUAUUCGAGCUAGUUGUGAAUUUACCGGUACGCGGUGCGGUAAAAGACGAUAUCGUUGACUGUUUAAGUUUGUGUAGUGUGAAAAAUGGCAAACGUUGGGGACGAACGAUUGUCGGGUGAAGAGGGUUCGACGCUGGAGGAGCUGAGGAGUAAGCUCGCGCGAAUGAACCUCCCUAUAUCGGGUGCGAGGUCAGUGCUGAUUGCAAGGCUGAAUCGGGCGUGUAGGGCUGGACAAUCGUAUCCUAAGGGAUCGACGGGCGGUGAAGAGCUAACCGGUCAACGAGAUUUAGGAAACGUACAGAGAGCUGAGCGUGAUUGUAACGAAGAUGAAGAUGUUGAGAAAAUGAAUACGAAGGAGUUGAAGGAGCGCCUCGCUAGUUUGGGUUUAAAAACGACGGGAAGAAAAGUAGAAUUACGCGCACGGCUACAAGCGGCCAUGGAUGGUAACGACAUAUCGUCGGAAGAAGAAAGCGACGACGAAAGUGAGGAUGAAGAUGACAAGAAAAACGCAAGAGGAUACAAGAGAGAUACGCGAAGGGUGUAUCAGGACCGUGAUGAAUAUUGUCGAAGGGCAUGUGUUGGUUCGACACUGAGUUUUAGAGACGUCGAAGAUGCAUUAGAGUCGUUUAGUGGCGACAAAGGUGAAAAUGUCGAACGAUGGUUCGAGUCGUUCGAGGAAGUCGCUGAUACGUGCAUGUGGUCGGAUGGGCAGAAGGCAGUCUACGCCAGGAAGCUGCUGAAGGGAUCAGCGAACAUAUUUGCGAGCUUCGAGUGUCAUGCCAGGACUUGGCAUGAGUUGAAGAGGGGGCUAGUGAAAGAAUUUUCGAGGAAAGUCAACAGUAGGCAAGUACAUCAGAAACUUGAAGAAACAAAAAAGGAGAGUGAUGAAGCAUGUUUGGCUUACAUGUACCGCAUGCUCGAAAUAGCCAGCCAUGUGGACAUAGAGGAGGAAGCAAAGGUGGAAUACAUAGUGGAUGGAAUAAUAGACGACGAGAACAAUAAGGCUAUAUUGUACGGCGCUACGUCAAUCAAAGAGUUGAGGAAGAGGUUAGUGAUGUACGAAGAGCAGAAGAGUCGCAGAGCAAAGUCGAUUGUGAAGCCGGCUAAAACCCAGAAAAACGGGAAGCCCAGUCAAUCUGUAGAUGCAAUGAAGAAAAGAAGAUGCUUCAUUUGCGGUAGUGAGGAUCAUCUAAGUGUUAAGUGUCCGGAGAGGGGAGAAAGUGUUAGGUGUUCCGAGUGCAGCGGAUUUGGACAUAUUGCAGCGAGGUGUACGGCACGACCGAAAGAGACUUGCGUAGUGUCAAGAUCCGAAAAGGGGAAGUAUGUGAAGGAAGUAAUCGCAGGAAUUAAGCUUCUAUUCUCUGAAAUUACUCUCAAAUCUCAGAGUCAACCCUUCAAAUUCUCCACACUGGAUCUUCGAUUCUUAAUAUUUGUAAUAUCGUAGAAUAGCUUUGAUUGGAGAUCGGCUGAAAUUAGAAAACACCGUGUACGUUGUCUUUUGUGGUUUGUUUACAUCCAAGAGCGCCUAGUAACAGUGACGCGAGAAAAGAUAAGCAGCGUCAAAACAGAAGUACGGUUCCACAUUUCAAGGAGUGGCAAUCGAGAGGCCAGAGUAUGUGAGCCGAAAAGUGUGUGUGUGUGUGUGUGUGUGUGUGUGUGUGUGUGUGUGUGUGUG